AUUUUGUAGUUUGUUUAGUCUGGCGUCUGUAUAGUGUUUACUUACGGCAUGUAUCGUUUCUGUUCGGUUUUUAUUUUGUAGUUUUUAUUAUGCUACGACAACUUACGAAUCAGUUACUUUUUAAAUACUUAGGAAAGUGUGUAGACAGUUUAAAGUUCCAAAAAUAAUAUGACCCAAUAGAUAUUUUAUACUAUUCAAGGCCAGUUCUGUAAUAUAUUUUUAACAUUGAUCUCCUUGAUGUUGUCCUCAUUGCGUUCAAAUCGAAUAAAAUAUUAAAAUAAUAUUGAAAUUAUUUAAAUUAAAAAUAUUGAUAUUUGUUUGAAGUUCUUCACAAAUUAAUCAUGGCAGAUACAAAAAGACCUAAUUUAACGGCAUUGAAUGGUCUGUCAUUAAAUGCAUCAUUAAAAUCCAAUCCUACAAAAAAACUAAUAGUGAAAAAUCUCAGAAAUAAACCAAUGUUACCGGACAAUUAUCAGGAACAAACAUGGAAGAAGUUACGCGAAGCUGUUAUUGCCAUACAAACCUCAACUGCUAUUCAAUAUACUAUGGAAGAGCUGUAUCAAGCUGUAGAAAAUAUGUGUAACAAUAAUUUAGCAGCAGCGUUGUACAAUAAUCUUAUUGAGCUUAGUGAAGCGCAUGUUAAAAAGCUAUUAUUGAAUUUUACUGAAAUAACAAAUGAUAAAAUUAUAUUUUUAAAAAAAGUAAACCAUCAUUGGUCAUCACACUGUCAACAAAUGUUAAUGAUACGCAGUAUUUUUCUAUAUCUAGACCGAACUUAUGUACUUCAAAAUCCUAAUGUUAAUUCUAUUUGGGAUAUGGGUUUGAAUUUGUUUCGUCAUCAUAUUAUGCUAAAUACUAAUGUUCAAAACCGAGCAGUUGAUGGUUUGCUUUUACUCAUAGAAAAAGAAAGACAAGGUGAUAUGGUAGAUAAAACAUUACUCAAAUCAUUACUUAGAAUGCUUUCAGAUUUAAAAAUAUACCAAGAUGCUUUUGAAGGAAAGUUCCUACAAGCCACUGAACGACUAUAUGCUACUGAAGGUUCACGAUUAAUGCUUGAACUUGAAGUUUCCGAGUACUUGUAUCAUGUUGAGAAGCGUUUAAGUGAAGAAAAUGAACGUCUCAUUCAUUAUUUAGAUACAUCUACGAAGUGGUCAUUAAUACACACAGUUGAAAAACAGUUAAUAAGUGAACAUGUUAGCUCUAUAUUACAAAAAGGAUUGGAACAAUUGCUCAAUGAGAAUAGACUGGACGAUCUAAAGUUAAUGUAUAGCUUACUGACUCGUGUAAAAAAAGGACUUACAGAACUCUGUAUAACUUUUAAUGGUUACAUAAAAAAAUAUGGACGAACUAUUGUUAUAGAUCCAGAAAAGGAUAAAACUAUGGUACAGGAAUUAUUAGAUUUCAAAGAUAAAAUGGACAUUAUUGUAAAAAAAUGUUUUCAAGCAAAUGAGAAAUUUGGCAACAGUUUAAAAGAAGCUUUUGAACACUUUGUUAACCAACGAACAAACAAACCUGCUGAGCUUAUUGCCAAAUUUGUUGACUCUAAACUUAAAGUUGGUAAUAAAGAAUCUACAGAAGAAGAGCUGGAGAAACUUUUGGAUAAAAUUAUGGUUCUGUUUCGGUUCAUUCAUGGUAAAGAUGUUUUUGAAGCUUUUUAUAAAAAAGAUUUGGCUAAAAGAUUGUUACUUGGGAAGUCUGCAAGCGUGGAUGCUGAAAAAAGUAUGUUGUCCAAAUUAAAACAAGAAUGUGGUGGAGGGUUUACAUCUAAACUUGAAGGUAUGUUUAAGGAUAUGGAGAUUAGCAAAGACAUAAAUGUAGCUUACAAACAGUAUUUGGCGCAUGUUAAAGAUAUCCAACUCUCUGUUAUUGACAUGACCGUUAAUAUAUUGACUAUGGGACACUGGCCAACUUAUGCCGUAACAGAAGUGGCCAUGCCCAAUGAAAUUAUUGAAUAUCAAGACUGUUUUAAUAAGUUUUAUCUAGCCAAACACAAUGGUAGAAAAUUACAGUGGCAGCCAACUUUGGGUCAUUGUGUAUUGCGUUCUCAGUUCAAGCAGGGUAAUAAAGAGCUACAGGUUAGCUUGUUCCAAGCAAUGGUGCUGUUAUUAUUUAAUGAAUAUCAAAUGCUCCCCUUUAAAGAUGUGAAAUCUUUGACUAACAUGGAAGAUACUGAAUUGAGGAGAACACUGCAGUCAUUGGCAUGUGGUAAAGCAAGAGUGUUGAUAAAGUCUCCCAAAGGACGGGAUAUAGGUGAUCUUGAUCAGUUUUCGGUCAAUAAUGAUUUUUGUAAUAAGCUAUAUAGAAUUAAAAUCAACCAAGUGCAAAUGAAGGAGACAAAUGAAGAACAGAAGGCAACUGAAGAACGUGUAUAUCAGGAUAGACAGUACCAAAUGGACGCAGCUAUUGUGAGGAUCAUGAAAAUGCGCAAGUCACUCAUGCAUAAUCUUUUGAUCAGUGAACUAUUCAAUCAGCUCAAGUUUCCCGCCAAGCCAGCCGAUUUAAAGAAACGUAUAGAGUCUCUUAUUGAUCGAGACUACAUGGAAAGAGAUAAAGAUAAUCCUAAUCAAUAUAAUUAUAUUGCGUAAUUUUUAAAUUUGCAAAUAUGUUGGUUUCUUUAUAUUUUUUAAAUAUGUCAAUGUAUAUUUUCAAAUUUAUAUGUGUGUAUAUAAUGUAUUUGUUUAUAGAGAAAUUACUGGUAAGACAUAAUGGUUUUCUUCCAAUAUAUAAGUGAUGUGAUUGUGUUAUGAUAGCAGCCUGGCUGUUAGAUUAUAGUACUUAUCUUGUUUUUAUAUUAGUAAUUUAAUACAAUAUGUUUUAACUUA